CGACAUGUGAACUUGAACAACCAUCCAAAGCCACAUUGUAUAACCCCAGCAUUAAGACUCCAAAAUGGCCCCCUCAACACCAGAUCAAAUACUAAAUACAUCAUGGACAUUACACCGUCUAUCACCUCUACACCAUGAAAAAGAAUUCCAAUCUCUCCUGGACAACCCAGAAGCUCUAAAAGUCUACGCAAACCGCUUGCGCGACCAACUCACCGGUAACGUGCUAGCCGAAUUUCAGGUUGGCACGAGCGCACCCUCCCCAGAGGAAGACGCGCUCUCCAGAACUGGCGCUCUCAAAAACUGCAGUUGGGAAGCUAUAUCAAGCCUCGCGUUAGAAACUUCCAAUGCUCCCGAGAGCCCAUGUGGAAUCCUCGUGGUACUGGAAUACGAAAACAUCACCUAUAAAGCAGCAUUGCUUGCACCACCAGAGGGAUCCCAUUCGCGUAAAACCUCCACAUAUCUCCCGUUACUGCUGACGCGGUUACCGGGCCCGCUACGACAAACGUUCAUCUCUUUUCUCUCGGCGAACUUUGACACUUACUGUUCUGUUUUUCGCCUCCCUUCGCAGUUCCUAUGUGCCGGGCUUGCGUCUUACGUGGACGCUUUGACACAAGGCCGCGAUAGAGAAUCGGCGGCUUCACAGGCUAUUCUGGAGGAUGUCGUGAAGGAGAUACAGAUUACUGUGUCAUUCUCUACUAAUGUGGCUCCGGAUUUGAGGUCCCUCAAUAUCAAUAUCCCACGAGGCUCUAUCAAGAACUUUUUACCUGCUACUGGGGACUCGAAUCAACCGAGUGGUUCUAUUCUCUCGGGUCUCUCUUCUUACAUUGAGAAGCAUCUGGCGAUGGAUCUGGAUCUGGCUGGCUCAUCAGCUAAGGAUAGUCCGGCAAGAAAACAUGUGCGUAUCAGUAAGAUCGCAUGUAACGGGUUCGUUCUAGGCGCCGAAGGAAAGAUGAAACUCGUUGCGCAGCCUAUCCGAGCUGGGCCUGCUGGUGAUGAUUCGGCUGAGAAUGAUGAUGACGCUCCAAGCGAGAAGAAGCGCCUUGCGUUACGAGCGAGUGAGGUGCUACUUCUCUCUGUCAUUCGCAGGAGCCUUGUCGAGGAGAAUCAAGAAAGUUGAUCAGCAUGGCUUCUAGGUAGAGCAUAUGCCCCUUAUUCUGGUGCUGAUCUAUGGGGUUGCGAGGUGCACAACGUGGACGGCUUACUCUUCACGUUAAUUCUUUGGGGGGGCAGGCAUUGUUGCAGAGAUAAAAAUUCUAUCAGUCAUUUGAUUUAUGGCAUUGACUAACAAGAUUUCAUGCAUGACCCAUGAUACAAGAGCGGUGCUUAAGAUGAGCAAAUUC